CGUGUAAACUCAAUCAGGUCCACUUACAAUUUCAUCAUCCCGAACCCGCACGCCAACAAGCAGAUGAAUUAACCCGCACAACAAUCCGAAACCAUCGCAAUUCAUCCCGAUUUCUUCAUUCCAAGUAAUUAUCACCGUCGCUUACGGUAUUCAUUUCGUAUCUCAUCGUUGAGAGUUCGUUCCAUUCCCUGAACCAACUUCCCAGUUACGCGCGACUCCGAGGCGCAAACAAUCCACUGUGGCGUCCGUCCUCACUCAAACGCAGUCGCAACUGUCUCUUCAACAACACUUGGAUAUCUCAUCGGAGGUCCUGGAAUACGUGCAAGAGGAACUGGAGGGGGAACCACAACCUUUGAUGAUGGCGCAGGCAGGAGGGCCUAAUCAAAAUCCGCCAAAUGACAAGAGAAGGGUCAAGGUCUAUGAGUUGCGCGAUGGCGACUGGUUUGAUAGAGGUACUGGCUUCUGCAGAGCCGACUUUAUGGUUGAUAAUGGCCCCGAAAAAUCAGACCCUAGAGUAAUGGUGCAGUCGGAGGAUCAACCAGGUCGUAUAUUGCUAGAGACUAAGAUCGUGAAAGGAGAUGAAUUUCAGAAACAGCAAGGUAUUUUGGAUCAGCGCAUGAUUCCCACAUUUCAUACUAAUGCGUGCCAUGCAGAAACUCUCAUAGUGUGGACAGAACCGGAUAGUGAGAUGGACAUGGCUCUCAGCUUUCAAGAAGCAGAGGGCUGCACGGCUGUUUGGCGAUUUAUCAAUAACAUACAAACGACUCUGGGUGGACACGGAGGAAUCAGUAUUGAGGAAGAUAUCAUAUCUGAUGAUAACAUCCCCGAGCUAAACAUUCCAACGUCUCUUCCCAAUCCUUCACUGGGUAACCUGCCGGAAUUGGAAAUGCAAUUAAGACAAUUGAACAGCACAACAUCCGGACGCGAAGCCCUUACGAAAUUGGUCAUCAACGAAAACUACAUCCGAAGAUUGAUACCACUGGUUGAAAUAGCAGAAGAUAUGGAGGAUCUACCAAGUUUACAUCGACUUUGCAACAUGAUGAAGAUUAUAAUUUUGCUCAAUGACAAUGCAAUCAUCGAGCAUAUCGUUACGGAUGAGGUGGUUAUUGGUGUUGUCGGAGCUUUGGAGUACGAUUCGGAUUUCCCAAGUCACAAGGCCAAUCAUCGACUUUGGUUAGGCAAAAAGGAUAGAUAUAAAGAAGUUGUUGAGAUACCCGAUGAAAACAUCAUGAGGAAGAUUCAUAAUACGAAUCGAUUGCAAUAUCUCAAGGAUGUUGUCCUCGCCCGAAUCUUGGAUGACCCAACGUUCUCGGUUCUUAAUGGUCUGAUCUUUUUCAAUCAAGUUGAGAUUGUCCAGUAUCUACAGAACAAUACAGCAGUUCUCAAGGAACUUUUUGGCAUCUUUGGAAACCAAGAGACAGAUCAGGAAAGAAAGAAAAUGGCUGUACUUUUCAUACAACAAUGCUGCGCUAUCGCGAAGAAUUUGCAACCACCAGGACGACAAACGCUAUACAAUAACUUUUUGAGUCAUGGCCUUUUAUCUGUCAUUAAUUUCGCUCUCAAACACAAUGAUGUUGGGGUACGAGUGGGAGCUACAGAUGUAUUGGUCUCUAUGAUUGAUCAUGAUCCUCAAAUGAUUCGUCAAACCAUAUUUCGACAAAUGGCCGAGAAGCAAACUUUGUUAACUGAUUCUCUUAUCGAUCUUCUUCUCGUAGAAGCAGAUUUGGGUGUAAAGGCUCAAAUAGCAGAUGCGAUCAAGGUUCUUCUCGACCAAGGUAGUCAUGUAGGACCAUUGGAAGGACUCUCAAAAGCCAAUGGUGCUGAAUAUGCCGCUCGAAUUCGAAAUCAAACAGAUCCUCAACAUGAACUUUUCCUCAAUCAAUUCUAUGAGGAAUCAGCGAAAAAAUUAUUUAAACCUUUAGUGGAUUUGAAAGGACGCGAGGAUAUGAACUUUACUGUUCAUCAAGUAUCUUUAUUCAUUUACUUGAUAGAGAUUCUUUGCUUUUUCAUUAGACAACAUAUGCACCGCAGCAAAUAUUUUGUGCUAUCAGAAGGAUUAGCUCAACGUAUCUCUCAGCUUUUGGGGAGUCCAGAGAAGUACCUAAAAUUGACUGCAUUGAAGUUUUUCCGAAAUUUGGUUGGUUUACAAGAUGAAUUUUACAAUCAACAGAUGAUGCAAGAUCAUCUCUUUGAGCCAGUUUUAGACCUUGUCAUUGAGACCAUGCCUCGAGAUAAUCUUUUGAAUUCAGCUUGUUUGGAGUUCUUCGAAUUUAUCAAGAAUCAAGGUUCCAGUACUAGGGUUUUGGUCAAUCAUUUGGUGGAAAACUAUCGAGAAAAAUUCGAGUCAAUCACCUAUGUUGACACUUUCACAAAUUUCAUCACAAGGUAUGAUAAUAAUCAAGGAUUUGCAUCGAGUAUGGAAACUUCAUUCCUCGAUACCGAAGAUGAAAGUCCGAAGAGGCCUGAGACAGGCAGAGGUAGUAGAUGGGGCUCAGGUAUCAAGGAUUUAGAUGCGGAUGAAGAAGCCUAUUUCAAUACUUCUGAUGACGAAGAGGAAAAGUCUCAGGACCAGAGUUUGACGAAUGGGGAAUCACCUGCUUCGCAGCCUUUAGUCGACUAUCCAUCGGAUGAAGAAAAUGAAAAUUCGGAAAACGAUAUUUCCGUGGGUAUAACCUCUGCUCCAUUAAGUCGGAGCCCUUCACCAAAACCAUUAGCUUCCAAAGAUUCCAGUGGAGAUGAGUUAGUAUUGACUCCCACUUCUUCCACACCAACUCCACCAGAAAGGCUAUCGGAAAAACGCAGGAGAGAAGAAGAUGAAGAAGAUGAACUCGGCAAGCUUUCUCAUCAUAAACGAAGAAGUUCUACGAGUUCUACGACAUCAACAAAUAGCGUGUUGAGGAGGAAACAAAGCUUCACCAAAACACGAGAUGCUAAUAAUGGACCUAAAAAGAUUGCAAUCAGUUUAACUCCAGCUAUCAAAACUGGUGGCGAUAGCCCUGGUGGCAGUUCAAGUUGACAUACUGGUACGAUGAUUUAAAAAUCUUUUUUAAUGGAAGAUCAAGAUUCUUCAGAGGACAUUGGCGCUAUUUAAUUGCACGAAAUGGAGUUUGGGCGAAAGGAAGGGAAGGAAAUGGAAUUGUUCCUGAUUGAUUGAUAUAAAUCUUCACUCAGUUCAACCAGUGACAGUGAUUGCUUUAUUGGUUUGCUUUUAAUUUUGGCGCCAAUAGUUCAAUUUUGCUUGCAUCAAGAUUCUUGGCUUUGGCUUGAUUUUUUCGCUUUGGUUGAAAGGAUGGGGAGGGAAACUUUGCGGAAUCACUUGAUUGUCAAUUACUUGUACAGUAGAAUUGGGACAGCGAUAUUUCUGGGAAUGAAUGGAUGGAUAGGUGGGAUGGGAGGAAAUCAAAUGAUUAGCGAAGGAAAGGGGAGAGGGAAGAGAUGAGAAGAGGAAAUGAAAAGAUGAGAACAGAUGAGUUGAUAUCAGAUGAAUUGAUACUAUCUUUGUCAAAUAGAUCUUGACAUUGAUUGCCAGCAGCAUGAAAUGAAGAUUUCCAGCACUUUUGAUUGUUUUUGAGUUGUUUAGAUGCUGGUACUCGAGAUUUAUUAUUGAGAUGUGAUGAUACCUACCGGACCCCGAGAUACUAUCUAAGUAAUAAGCCAGCCACGAACUGCCGCGUCAGCUAAUCCAAUCGGACUCGCAUUCGUCAGUGUCCACGGGUCCCCAGAUUAGACGCUUGGACCUGGGUGGAUGAAUGGGCUGUGGGUAGGGUAGGCUGUAACGUAGGUAGGUACAUGGUCAGGGUACGAGGUGCGGCCGUGAGUUUUGGUUUGGGUUGGUUUGGUUUUUAGGUUUUGGGUUUUGGAGAACG